AGGCCGAUUUUCCGGCCGAUGCUCCGACACCGACUCCGACAUGGAGUCUGCCGACUGUGUCGACUGAGUCGGACGGCCUGUUCACACACGGGGAACGACUCACUCGCAAUAGAGUCGCAUCGAUUAUCCAUAAAAGCAAGAGUUCAUGGGGGUUAUGAAAUUUUGGUAGGACUUUACAUCUCAUCAAGACUCAAGAGUACAAAAGUACAAGAGGUCAUGAGCUCGACAUCGACGCUCUUUGCUGUCAUGGUGAAAAGCCUACCGUGAUUGGUCCGAUGACCGCUCCAUCACGUGCAAGCAGUAAAAAUCGGCCGGCUUUUCGGCUAAAUAUCGACCAGUCGAUACUUGGCCGAAAACUAGUGCGACAAGAAAAUCGCCGCAGAUUUGUCGGAACCCUGUACGACAACACAGUUCACACUACGCAAUUUUCGCCCCGAUCUUGAGGAUUUUUCGUACGAGUCCAUGUCGGCCGGAAAAUCGGCCUAGUGUGAACCAGGCAUAAGGCAGUAAGGGCGCCAGCCCCUGUCAUUCCAUUUCAAAUUUUGAAUGUCCACAACAGUAGUUGGAUACUCUGGCCAGUUGUGGAUGUGGCAAUGUGGCAAUGUUCUGAUACAGUUCUUCGUUCUAUAGACCUUAUUCGACACACGUCACGGGUCACGUGGACCCCACUCACGUGACCCAAGGAACCUCCGAAAAACUGGACGAGUGGCAAGAAGUGUUUUGUUUUGAAAGUGCGUGUUGAUAGUUGUGGGCAAGUGUGUUUGGAGGAGAGCUUUGGAAUUGUUCUGGGUAGCUGUCACUGUCGUUGGUCAGGGAGACGUGGGUAGGGAGUGUAGUAGUAUGGUGAAGAGUUGCUGUGCAGUUGGUUGCGCUAACCGUUUCGCGAAAGGUGGUGGAAAGAGCUUUUAUAAGUUCCCAACUAAUCAGCUCAGGAGAGCAAAGUGGAUUGCUGCGCUGAAGCGCAAGAACUGGCAGCCCAACGCUUCCAGUUGGGUGUGCUCGGAUCACUUUGUAAGGUUCAAGAAGAGCGACGAUCCACUAUCCCCUGAUUUCGUCCCGCCUGUUUUUUCAGACGAGGGUCGAGUAAAUGGUGAGAAAGCUUACGUAAAAUUUGAUCGCCACAAGGCCCGACGGCAUGCAGCUUCAAAGCCAACAGCUCAGCCUGAAAAUACAUGCCAUGGCAAUCAUGAGCCCGUGCUGACUGGAGAAAGUGACUGUAAUGCUGACAAGGAAAUCGAAGAGGAGAGUGCGCCGAGAGAUUCAUGUUCGUCAGACUCUGUUGAGCCAGCGUCCCCAGCUCAGCCAGAGCUCACUGAAGCCAGCAGCCAUGUCGACAAUAGUGCUGAACAAGAAAAUGACGAUCUGCGACGGCGGCUAGCCUUGCUUCAGGCGACAGUGGCACAGCUGGAAGAGGACAAAUGCCAGCUGAAUGGUCAGUUGCAGGAACAGAAAUCUGCUAUUUCUGCUCUCACCGUCAAAGUACAGCACCUGGAAGCCACUGUGAAACAUCAAAAAUCAGAGGCGGCAAUGUCUUCCAUCAUAUCAGGAUUCAAGUCCAAUGAUGACAUGGUGAGAUAUGAAACUGGCCUCCCAUCUUUUGCUGUGCUGGAGAAAGUGUUCGCAUUUGCUGGCAAGGACAUCCCCGACCACCACCGAGCGGCACUUCCGUCCUUUGCGCAGUUUAUUAUUGUCCUGAUGAAGCUGCGCCUCAACUUGCACGAUCAAGAUCUAGCACAUCGCUUCGGCAUUAGCCAGUCUACUGUCUCAAAGUACUUCCACAAAUGGAUCCACGUCCUUUAUGGCAGGCUGCAGCCGUUGAUCAUCUGGCCAGAGCGCUCCGAACUGUACGCACGAUGCCAUUGGAGUUUCGCGGACAGUUUGGGAAGUGCAUUUGCAUUAUUGAUUGUUUUGAAGUGUUUUGCGAAAGGCCACAUGAUCUGAUGGCCAGGGCUCAAACCUUCUCUAAUUACAAACACCACAACACGGUUAAAUUUCUUAUUGGUAUCACCCCGCAAGGCACUAUUUCCUUCAUCUCCAAAGGAUGGGGUGGCCGGACAUCGGAUAAGUACAUCACGGAGCAUUGCGGGCUGUUGGACAAGCUAUUGCCGGGUGACCAGCUAAUGGCAGACCGGGGAUUCACGGUCAGUGAUGCCGUUGGCCUGCACUGCGCUGAGCUGGUCAUACCUCCGCUCACAAGAGGCAAGAAGCAACUGUCGAGAAUCAGCAUUGAGAAGGCCAGGAAGCUGUCUCGGCUACGAAUCCAUGUGGAACGUGUUAUCGGCAACUUGCGGCAGAAGUACACUAUUCUGCAGUCAACCCUGCCAGUGAACAUGCUGAUGAGUGAUGCCUCAACAGGAGUGUGCACCAUCGACAAGAUUGUCCUGGUGUGCUCUGCGCUGUGCAACUGCUGCGACUCAGUGGUGCCUUUCCAGUAGAAGUAUUGACUUGUUUUUUUCCUUUUUUUGUCCUGUAUUGUGGAACGUGUGGCAUGUUGUUGCUGCAUAGAUUACCUGGACAGGAGUGCAAUGCAAAUUAUGUUACUUGUAUUUUACCACUCCCUCGAAGAACGGCUUUUGUCCCUGUGUCUAGUUAUCACCAAUGUGUAAAUCUCAAUCAAUCACACUCCAUUACACACACACACACACACACACACACACACACACACACACACACACACACACACACACACACACACACACACACACACACACACACGUCAUGUUUCAAAAAGCACAACUUGAAAUCAUCAUAUGAUUUCAUCUUUUUCUUUUUCGCUUGCCUGCACAUAAUAAUAACAAGCCCCAGUGGUCAUAUUGACUCAAGUUCAAAUUUCUGACAUGGUGGAAUGUAUGAUCCUGCAGCCAUGCAUGAGCAUGGCUGUUGAUUUCUAUGUACAUGUAUGGUGCAAUCAUUUGUGUGAGAAGUGAGAGUUUUGGUGGGUUGGGCAUAGCUCCUAGUUACAUAAUUGCAUCAGGAUACAUGCAUGUAUGCACACACACACACACACAUACACUACUACUACUACUACUACUACUAUGUACAGCUGCCCUAUCGGGCCACGCCGCUAUCAUAAGCGGGAGACAACAACUAAAAGAGAGAAGAGAGGAAAGAAAGAGCGAGAGUCAACAGAAUCUAGCAUGGCGUUGCACACACACACACACACACACACACACGUACACACAGUUAUUCCUUCUUCUUGCAUGCUGCGCAUAUCCACUUGCGUUUUGGUUUCUGCUUCAUGCGAAGACAUACCAAGUGAAACGUCUUAACUCUGCAGUCUGGAUGUGAGCAUUCCACCACGUCGCCGUCCUUAUCCUCGUUGCAAGUGCAUACAGCUCCAUCAGAAUUGGCGGCAGUAGAUUUGAAGGAUUUUGUAAAAUACUUGCCGACAAUCUCUGGCAGCACGCCAGCCUUGUAGAAAGACGUGAUGGCUUGGACUGUCUUGUGGAAAUCUGGAUCUGGAUGAACGCGGAUGACUACACAUUUCCGCACGCUCCACACCACAAAAUCCGAAUAUGCUGCCUU